AUGGCGAGUUUUCGCGCUUUGGUAAUGGCUGUUUUAGUGUUUUUAGUUGUGUUCUGUUUCUCCAUGGUUAACGCAAACUUCCCACAAAACAUGUAUUUCAAUUGGGGUGCUCAGCAUUCUUCUAUUCCAGGUAAUGGUGAUGAUAUACAACUUGUUUUGGAUCAAACUUCGGGAACCUGUAUUGAGUCAAAGAGGGUGUUUUUAUUCGGGAGCUUUGAAAUGCUAAUCAAGUUGGUUCCAGGGAACUCUGCUGGAACUGUAACAUCGUUUUAUCUGUCUUCUACGGGUGCCAAACACGAUGAGAUUGAUUUUGAGUUUUUGGGGAACUCGACAGGAGAGCCUUACACGGUGCACACAAACAUAUUCCUUCAAGGUCAAGCUAACAGAGAACAGGAGUUCCAAUUAUGGUUUGACCCGACUGCUGAUUUUCACAACUACACCAUUCACUGGAAUCCGACUCAAGUUGUAUGGUAUGUUGAUAAUGUGCCUAUUAGAGUCUUCAGAAACUACCAGAGUGAAGGGAUUCUGUACCCUAACCAACAAGGGAUGUGGGUCUACUCCAGUUUGUGGAAUGCUGAUAACUGGGCCACAAGAGGUGGACAAGUCAAAAUUGACUGGGCUGCUGCACCAUUCGUGGCUAACUACCGUAAGUUCAAGGCUAGAGCAUGUGAGUGGAGUGGGCGUGUUAGUAUUAGCGAGUGUGCCCUUCCCACAGAAGCCAACUGGUGGACAUCUCCUGUUUACAAGCAGUUGACCAUAAGUCAACAGAAUCAGCUCAAACGGGUCAGAGAUAAUCACAUGGGCUACAACUACUGCACAGAUGUCUGGCGUUUUAAUGGAAAGAUGGCUCCCGAAUGCUCUAAGCCACAAUACUAA